GGUAAGCUCAAAGCUGGGAAGUUCGAGAGGUUCCCCACGCCAAUUGCAUCUCUUCCCCACAAACACGACGGCGACCCAACGCGAUGGAAUGCUGGCUGCAACGUUCGGUGCUUUCCGAAAACUGUCAAUUCCUCCCUUUUCGUCACGUUCCUCUUCUCAUUCUUCCUGCUUGUUAGUUUCCCAACCCAACUCGCCGAGUCCACUGUCUCGCCGAGAUGGACGGCUACGGGGCCGCACCCAGGACCAGCAGCAGGUCACACCACACGGAACCGACUGAGCACCCCAAAUCCUCACCCGUCUACUCCAUGUCGCCCCUUUUGCUCGAAAGGCUCCAGCGAUCACGGCGGAUCGAAAGCGAUCGUGUCUCGUCUCAGUCGAGCACCGAUAUGCUUUCCUCCUCCGCCGGCUCCAGGCAUGUGCGGAGCCCUUCCCCCACCAACAGCCACCGCCCUGGGUCGAGUGGAGGUCUCGAUCCGACAAAGGCAAAGAAAGGUCUGGGCGUCAAGGAGAUGGAGCAGACUGUAUCCACGUUGCACAAACAGAACUUCGAUCUCAAGCUCGAACUGUACCACCGGAGGGAGAGGCAAACGGCCCUGGAGGAGCGCCUAGAUGCCCUCGAGCGGGAAGCAAAGGAGCGGGAUGACCUGAACGACUCGCUGGUGCACGAGCUGGAAAAACGGGACAAAGCUGUCGAGGAGGCGAUAGGGAUGAUCCUCACGUUGGAGAGACGUGUCGAGCAGCUCCUCCUGGAGAGGAACAUGGUACGCCAGGUCGAAGCCGAAGCGCCCACAUACCCUCGCAUUGAUUCGCCUGCCGUCACUCCGGCGUCCAAGAACCCACGCCUCGGUUCCUCGACGCAUGCCGACGCCAAGACGCCCAUUCGCAUGCCGAGUUUCGUCUCUGACCGGAGCGAAAACACCGAGAACCUUAGAAGUGUGUAUCUCGGUACGCUUGGUGGGGAUAGCGCCCUCACGUUGCCCCGCCUAGCUGAUGACACACCCGAAACCGCACGCAUCGAUCCGAGACUGGCUAGCCCCGCGCUGAGUGAGCUCAGUGAAAGUUCGUUCGUCAGCGUCUACGGCCGUAGCCGGCCUGCAAACCCUUCGUCGCCGCCCGGAGAUAGUCCGUGGCUACGGGACAGGUCAUCCAGGACGCCCGUGCCAGCCCUUGAUUCUCCGACUAGGGUUAGAACUUCGACACCGUCGAGGCAGCAGCGCCCGAGUAGCUCACGCGCCACCAGUGGGCAGUUCCACAACAUUGGCGAUAUUUUGGAAGCUGUACCAUCGCCUCGCCGGCAGCCGGAGAAGGCCAAGCCCUCACAGGCAACCAUGAGUGAUUUGCCAAGGCCGCCGACUGCGAACAACCAAACAUCACCGUUUGCCCGCCCACCUGUCCCCAAUGGCCAGCCAAACACGAAACAAGAGAAACGAGAAUCCCUCGGGAGGGUAUACACUCAGGGCCAAUUCAACAGUCCCCAAGCACUGCCCCCGACACCCGACACACUCUCUUCCACCACGUUUUCUCGGAAUGAGACACCGCCAAAGGAACAAAAUCCCGAACAUGAGCGGAGUUUUCUCUACCUGACCGAAACGAACACGUCGAGAGCAUCGGGCCACGAGGAACAGAGGUCGCCGUCCGGGACCGCCCAUCCCGCACCCGCCCCGGUAUUUGACAAUAGAAAACACCUCCGUGCGACUGGCGGUUCCUCUCACACGGCUUCACCCACACUAGAAGCCCACCCGCCGCGCACGGCCGCCGAGGCGGCGACCGCGCGUGGCCGCGAGGCCAACAGCUGGGGUGGCGAAGCGUCGAGGUACAGGCCUGCACAUCGCAGGGACUCGACAAACUCCAGUGUGGAUACCUGGCUCCGCGAGAGCUUGAAGCCAGAGAGUAUGGAUGCAUUGGGCCCGACGAGCUCUAUAUCGCAGGCUCACGCUAGCGUCAAGAAGGGCCGCGCCUCGCCGGAUCUGUUUUCUUUCCCUACGUCCGCCACUGGCUGGGCGACGCAUGCGAUGUUUGGUGGCCGCGGCGGGAAAGGGCACAAAGGUUCGGGCAGCAAACAAGCGCCAGUCACACCCAUCGCAGACAUGUUGGACGCCGUCGGCACCUCAGUCCCCACACCUCCUAUCCCGGGCACGGGCCGCAUGACUCCUGUCCACGGUGCCGCGGCCCCGCCAGCCCCCAACAGACGCUCCAGCCUUCUCGCCAGAACCGGAUCGGCCGCGGAUGCAAUGCCUGGAACGGAAAGCAUCCCGCAGUCGCCAUCCCGCUUGUGCACCUCUCCCCAGGUGAACAGCCCCGCGCGGGGCAGCCGGGCUCGCAGUAACAGCACCGACGUUCGGGCCCCCGCGCACUACCCGACCGAGCUCGGCUUGAAACAGAGCCGGGCCAUGACCGUCCCACCCAAACAGGUUCACGCGCCGCCGCCGCCCAAACAACAGCCACCGCCAGGAACCCCGGGCAAGCAGGACACCUCCACCACUCCCCUUCCCAAACAGCGGCACUACCCGCCCCAAACCCAGACCUCCCGCCCGCGGUCGCGCGGCUUGAACACGUUCUUUCGGCGAUCCACUGGGUCAGCCGAUGUCCCCACGCCGCCGGCCAGUGCUCCGCCGAUGCAAACGGCGUUCAAACCGCCACCCCCACCGCAGUCCAGGUCCGGAACCGGGAACGGGACGGCGACGGCGACGGGAAUGGGCAUCGCCAUGGGCAUGCCCUCGUGGGUGCGGCGCGGGUCGCUGGUGGACGAGGACCGGGCCAGCGCCACGCCGCCGCCCAUUUUGAGGAACAAGGACGUCUCGCCGUCUGGCGCUGCUGGGGCGGCGCGGGCCGCGGAGGAGGAGGAUGGGGAUGGUGGAGCCGAGCUGGAGCCGUCGCCUGGCGGCGGCGUGCCGGUGGGCGUGGUGCCCGCUGGGAAACCGUCGUCGAGGAAGUCGUGGGGUGGGGGCAGUGGUGGCGGUGGAGAGGGCGGAGAGGGUGGGGGUGUGUCGCUUGGGAGUGCGGGUGGUGGGAAGAGGAAGUGGCUCGGCCUGGGGAGGGUGGCCAGCUUGCGCAAUCGUGGCGGGGCGUAGAGCGCCCGCGGAUGGUUUCGGAGGGGUUGUGAUGCGCGUUGAUGCGUCUCGUUUGAGCGUUUGCUUGACGCAUGUGGGCGUUUGCUUGACGCAUGUGGCAGGAAAAAGGGAGCAGCUGGACCCGGGAGGGUCGGUACCAGCUUGCGCAACCGCGGUGGGGCGUCGAGCGCCCGCGGAUGAUUUUGGGGGGGAUGUGAUGCGCGUUGAUGCGUCUUGUUUGAUCGGUGUUUGCCUGUCGCAUAUGAUGAUGACUUGCGAGGAGUUGGGUGGAUGACUUCUUUUGGCUUGUGGUUGGGUUGCUUUGGCGUUCAGGGCUUGUUUAAGUUGAGCC